UUGAAGAGGGCUGUGGGGCACAGGUGAGCACAGAUCCCUGUUUCCACCCGCAUGGGGAGAACUUCCCACAUCUUGUUUUCUUGGACAGUAGCUGAUAGAGAAGAAAUGAAUUCAACCGUCUUAAUGAAACUAUCAGUGCAGAAACCCUUCAAGUAGGGAUCUGAAUGUAGCUUCAGAUGGGAUUUUCUUCCUUCUGCCUUUUUUUUCCUACCUCUCACCUGUCUUUACCAAAGCAGCCUCCUCAGGGAGCUCACAGAAUGGAGGGAACUAGAGAGAAGGGGGGAGAGGCAACUCAGCAGACAUAGCAGAAUGCUGGGUUGAUGACGGAAAUAAACCUUUGCCUGGUACCUGGUUGAUGCUCUCAGCAACCGUGUGAGGGAGUUGUGCUAUUGACUCCAUUUCACAGAUGAAGAGACAGAGUUAGUGAGGUUAAGUGAUUUUUUUUUUCCUCCAAGAUUUAAGUAGCAUGGGCAAGAUUUCAACCCAGUUUUCAGACUCUUAAAUUCCAUGUCCUGGCUCUGGACCACCUUGCUUUUCAGAAUGAAUCAGGCCUCUUGCAAGAAAGGGCCACUGUAUUUCAUUUGUGUCUUCAACUCCUUUGUACGGAGUGCAGAGCUAGCACAUCAGUGUAUCCGAUGUUGGCUGAUUAAUGACCGAGUGUCCUUCAGCCCCCAUCCCACUCCCCUAGUCUGCAGGAAGACUCAGGGCGAAUGGAAUGUACUGUAGAAUUGGGGUAGAAAGAUACAUAGAUGUGCUCUAAAAUGAAGUGGCUCUAGGGUAUCUCAAGGUUGCUGCUGAUUUGGAAAAUUGACUGAGGAACCUAAGAGCAAAAGAUGUAUUUAUGCCAUUUUCUAUAUUUCCACGUGUGGCGUUUCACCUUCUUAGAGUGGUUCAUUCUGUAUAAUGGUUUGUCUCUUUCUCUUUUGUAGCUAGCCCACCUGACAUUUCCAUGGUUGCUUCUUAUCCCUGUCUCCGUAUCUUCCUUCGUUGUGGUUCCUUCCUUCUGGGGAUGAACCAGGAGUCUUCCCCAGGGAAGCUGGAUUAUUCCAGACUGUCAUCUUUCUCAGCCCUCCCUUUCCCCUUAGGUUCCCACUCUUUCCUUUGAGUGUUCUAACCUCUCGAGCCUCACUCCCAGCUAGCUGUCUGUUCCCGUUACCUGGUCCACCUCAGAUAACUGCAUGCUCCACCUCGUGAUUUCCACAGCAGUACGUGAGAGCAAGAGAGUCUAAAACCUGUGCCUGAAUAAGGCUUAUUGACAUGUGCGUGGAGAACUGUGGUCCGAGUUUCCAGUCUCUGAUUGUGAAGAAGGAAUUUGUUAAAGACAGUCUAGUUAAGCUGCUGAAUCCCAGAUACACCUUGCCAGUAGAUAUUCAGAAUAGAAUUUUGAAUUUUAUUAAGACUUGGUCGCAGGGCUUCCCAGGAGGCGUGGAUGUAAGUGAGGUGAAAGAAGUGUACCUGGAUCUUCUUAAGAAAGGUGUUCAGUUUCCUCCAUCAGAUGCGGAGGCUGAAGCGGCCAGAGAAGAGACUGCUCAGAUCUCACCAAGUCCGUCAGCAUCCGUUCCUACCGCACCAGCUCUUUAUUCUAUGGUUCCCAAGAGCUCCACCAUUACACUGGUCCCAGAACAGAUCGGAAAACUGCACAGCGAAUUGGAUAUGGUGAAAAUGAACAUGAGAGUCAUGUCUGCCAUACUGAUGGAGAAUAUUCCUGGGUCUGAAAACCGGGAAGACAUGGAGCUUCUGCAGAAACUUUAUAAGACUGGUCGGGAGAUGCAGGAGAGGAUCAUGGACCUGCUGGUGGUGGUGGAGAAUGAGGAUGUCACUGUUGAGCUGAUUCAAGUGAAUGAGGAUUUGAAUAAUGCCAUCCUUGGGUGCGAGAGGUUUACUCGAAACCAACAAAGGAUUUUGGAGCAAAAUAAGAACCAGCGGGAAGAUGCCAAUGCUACCAGUGAACCUUCUGCCCCGUCCUCUGAUCUCCUUGACCUAAGUCCCAGCCCUCGGAUGCAUAGGGCCUCUUUGGGAGAACUCAACACCCUGAAUGCUCAGCUUUCAGACUUAAAUUUCAGCUCUCCAAGUCCUGUUGUAACAAACAGCUUGAAACCCAGUCUUCAUGCACAGGUGGAUUUACUAGCCUUGGAAAACACAGAAACACCCCUGUUUGCCCAAAGGACCAGCCAAAACCUCGCCUCAAGCCAUACGUAUGAGAGUAUUCCGGAAUAUUCAAAUUCAGUAUUACUGCAGCCGGUUAGUCUCCAGAACAUCCCAGCAACACCAUCAAACCAGACACUGCCCUCCUUGCCCAGCAAUCAUCCAGCGAUGUCAAAGAACGAUCUCCGGCCACCCAAUUACUACGAGGUAAUGGAAUUUGAUCCCUUAGCGCCUGCUGUCACUACAGAAGCUAUUUAUGAAGACAUUGAUGUCCAUCACCAUAAAGGAGCUCAAAGUCACAGUGACUGCUGAGGGACGUGGAUGACCGGCUCACCAGCUGCAUUACAGGUGCCAAUUCUCUAAAAGGUAGACUGAGUCCAGCUUUGAGACCCAGAAGACAAGACCUGCCAACACAUCAAAACCAUGGUGGCACGUUUCUCCUCUGCAGUAAUGAAGUUUAAACAGAAGAGUAGCAGUUCCAGAGUAACAUUAAUGGUUCCUGACAGCAACGCAAGCUUUAUCUCAAGAGAACUUGGUUGUAAUGUACAUUCACUUAAAAUUGUAGCAGAAGAAAAAUGCAUGGUAUUGAGGCCAACCAGGUUAAGUGUAGCAAAUUAGAACUCAUCACAAGAGCUAGGUUAAGAGUUAAGAAACAUAUUUGAUUACAAAAUAAUUGUUAAUAGAUGAAAGCAUAAAAUGUGAGAAACAAUAUUUAAUUCAGGAAGAACACCGAGUGCCUUCAUUUAACUAAAGUUGAAUGUAAAAGUCAAUUUGCACUUCUUUAUAAAUACUACUCUUGUUUAGAAUUAUAACUGUAAAAGCCUUUAUGAUUGUAAUUUCAUUGUGGUUCAGGUACCCUGAAGAGGUCACUGAACUCUGCAUCAGGUUGCCUUUAAAUAUGAUUCUUCCUAAUACUAAAUGUUCUCUUUUUUUUUCUUUUUGGAAGAAAGACUACUGAAAAACAUUCAGUUAUGUCAUAAAUUACAGUGACAAAUAAAUUACGAUUGAAACAA